UGAAAUCUUGAAAUAUUUAGGCAUUUGUUCCUUUUCUGAAAGCCACUGCAUUUCCAAUGUGACGCAUCAGUGGAAAGCCAGCACAGAGUCCUUAUCAGUUAUUUUGUGCCGGUCUUGCUCAUCAGUGUUAUUGUUGAACUCUCCUUUGUUCUAAAAUACCUUGACUCUGAAUUUGUGUGCCGUUUAAGAAUGGUUGAGAGAGAACUGAUCAAAUCAGAAGAUUUUGAAGCGAGUCCUCUUCCGCUGACUGCCCUUUGUAUUGUCUCCGAUAAAAACAAAUGUCCAAGGGGAUUUACUGCGGUAACUCGGUGCCACGACGACGGCAGUGAUGCUGAUCUUUGGCGCGAAAGUGCUUUUUCGCUAUGGUCUCGUCCCGUUCGUUACCUUGCUAUUAGUCGAGAGAUACCUGAAGCGACAAUAAGAGGCACUGUAUCUGUUGUUACCGAUAUAACCGUUGUGAAAGACACUGACCCUAUACCUCAUGGAUUUGUUGCCAUUGAUUAUUGCGCAGAUUCACGUGAAAAGUCAUUACGAAAACGUUUUAUUUGCGUAAAGACAGAGCCAAGAGAUUCAGUUGUGGAUGCCGUCGGAGAUGUUAUAAUUUUGAACAAACAGAAGAAAACGCCUAAAGAUUUUACGUUAGCAGGCGAAGUAGAUGGAGCUAUGAUAUGUUUCCGCGUUGUUGUUGUUCCGCCGUCGUUCGGUCUCAAACACAGCAAGAGUGACCAUGCCUUAACGAACAGUGGCGGAGCAAAAGCACCACCACCUAUAGGGCUCUACCCUCAGUUGGGACAGUCUGGAUCAACUCCCGCUCUGAAUACGAAGCCUGGUGUAAAUAUGUUUACUAUAAAGAAUCCUGCUAUAGCGAAAGUGCGAGGUGAAGACGGCGUACCCUUUAAGUUGAAUCCACAGCUUGCAUCGAUGCUGAAUGCUCCUACGGAAGACAAUAUCCCUGAUCCUACAGCUACGUUUGAUAUAAGCAGACUGGACUCCGAAGAAUUCAAUUACACAUUUGCUCUUGAACGUGCGACUCUUGCUAGUUCAUAAAGUAAGUUAUGGUAACUGAGCUUUUACAAAUGGCUUUUGUUUUCCCAUCUCAUGUGCAAACAGUACAUAUGUAUCUAUCUUUACUUUACAUUACUUUGCUUUGAAAGUGAAAACCAGUUUGAUCAAAUGAUUGUUCCGUGUUUGUUCAUACCAUUGUUGUAGAAAUGAGC